AGUCUGGUGAACUUUACGAAGCCAUCCAAAAGCCAGUCGUAUCUCCUCCCGUCGAGUAACUUCAGUACCCGUACAGUAAGCUUGUGUGCCUCUGCCUCCUCGCCUCAGGUUCUCGUACCUUUGCACCACCACCGGGGGUACCGCCGGAACGCUCGUGAGAGAAGAGCGCCAUGGCCCGUGUGGUGGUUGAAGGGAUGCCGGAGACGGUCGUCGGAGGAGGAAUGAUGCUGAACCGGCGGAGGAGCAAAGCCAGGCGAAGGAAGCGAAAGGAGUUGUUCGUCGUCCAGAUGUGCUUUGCGGGGGUACUUCUGUGGGUUGUCGUUGGGCUCAAGACUGUGGCACAGAAAGCAGGAUAUCAUGUUUCCAGCUCCAUGGUUGUGGAGGAGGCAAGAUGGGAAAGUCGUCACCUUCUACAGGAAGACAACCACUCCAAGCUGUACUCUGAGCCUGAGAAGAACUGCACCGAACCAGCAAUCCAUGAGUUCCCCAGGGAUUACUUCACCAACAAGCAGCGCGUGGAAGGAGCAGUGGGUCUGCACGUGCUUUGCGCAGUCUACAUGUUCUACGCUCUGGCAUUGGUGUGUGAUGACUACUUUGUCCCCUCGCUAGAGAAGAUAUGCGAGCGUCUGCAUCUGAGUGAGGAUGUUGCAGGAGCGACCUUCAUGGCAGCAGGCAGUUCAGCGCCUGAACUGUUUACCUCUGUUAUUGGAGUUUUCAUCACUAAAGGUGACGUCGGGGUCGGCACCAUUGUGGGAUCUGCCGUCUUCAACAUCCUCUGCAUCAUCGGAGUGUGCGGGAUAUUCGCUGUGCAGACGAUCCGUCUCUCCUGCUGGCCUCUGCUCAGAGACUCAGUCUACUACACCUUAUCGAUCUCUGCUCUUAUAGUGUUCAUAUAUGAUGAAAAAGUAGUUUGGUGGGAAGCUCUCACGCUGAUCCUGAUGUAUUUUGUCUACAUUUUGAUCAUGAAACUGAAUUCCUACAUUGUCCGUUUCCUGGGGAGGAGGAAGAAGAACUCGACCACUUUGAGAAACGGUGCAGCAAAUAACACAGAACUGGACGAUGGCUGUGAUGCUACUGCUGUUCUUUUAAAGAAAGCGAACCACCACAGGAAGACAUCUGUGUUAAUGGUAGACGAGCUGCUGUCAGCGUACCCCCACCAGCUGUCCUUCUCCGAGGCCGGCAUGAGGAUCAUGAUCACCAGCCACUUCUCCCCCAGAACUCGUCUCACCAUGGCCUCACGAAUGCUCAUCACUGAGAGGCAGCGUCUAAUCAACACACGGACUUUGACUAACGGUGACUCUGAGGUUCCUGUGAAGGGAGGGAGCAGGUGGGGCAUAGAAAACGGGCUGUCUGGAGCUGAAAGGGGCGUCGGCGUUCGACACGAUGACCGAGAGGCCGGCAAUGAGACGGAUAACGAGGACAACGAGAACAAUGAGAAUGAUGAAGAGGAAGAAGAGGAGGAAGGAGAGGGACCUUAUGUACCAUUCCAAUGCCCAGCGGGUGGGUUUAAUAAACUGAAGUGGCUGCUGGCUUGGCCUCUGGCCCUGCUGCUAUACUUUACCAUCCCCAACUGCUCCACACCUCGCUGGGAGAACUGGUUCAUGCUGUCUUUUGUUUCCUCCACACUGUGGAUCGCCAGCUUCUCCUACAUCAUGGUCUGGAUGGUAACAGUGAUAGGCUUCACACUCGGUAUUCCAGACGUCAUCAUGGGUAUCACAUUCCUGGCAGCCGGCACCAGCGUCCCCGACUGCAUGGCCAGUCUUAUAGUGGCACGACAAGGAAUGGGUGACAUGGCGGUGUCCAACUCCAUCGGCAGUAAUGUGUUCGACAUCCUGGUAGGGCUCGGUCUUCCCUGGGCUCUAAAGACCUUGGCUAUCAACUAUGGCUCUGAUAUCAAAUUAAACAGCAAAGGACUCAUCUUCUCUGUGGGGCUCCUGCUGGCAUCCGUGUUUAUGACAGUCCUGGGAGUUCACCUAAACAACUGGACGCUGAACAAACGUCUGGGUUUCAUGUGUCUCAUCCUCUACUCCAUCUUCUUGUGUUUCUCCUGCCUCAUCGAGUACAACAUCUUCACCUUUGUCAACCUGCCGACCUGCCGGGAUGACUGAGACACGCACGCAUAUACAACACACUCACUGUGCACACACUUACACAAACAAGUGGUGUUUGCAAGGAAUUCAAAAAGAAAUAUUAAAUAGAUAGCUGGUGGCAACAAGCGGAAGAUCUUAUUGGAGACCAAAGAAUUAAUUGCAAAUACUAUUUGGCACAGGUCUGACUCACACUGAUUUUUCUGUGGCUUGUUUUUUUGCAAUAUGGAGCUGCUCUGGUGUUUAGCCCACACCAGACCAGAGAGUGGGACUGAUUCCAGGAGUAGAGAUGGAAGCAACCAACGGACAGCACAGAGGAUGAUAACCUCGCACGCACGCACACGCACGCACGCACACACACAGAGAAAUUAUUCUACUACUGCUCACUCCUGACAUGAGGACCUUUUAUUUUGAAACUCCCUGUGUUAGGUGUGAUGUUUCCUAGCUGCUAACCUUUCCUGAGAGGAAAGGCGGGUCUUUUAGAUCUACUAGUUGAAAGUAAUAAGUAAUAAAAAAAAUAAAAAUAAAAGCAAUGAUGUAAAGAGAUGGGAAGUUUAGACAGAGUUAGGGCCACGAGUCUUCAUUAUUUGUUACAGUGUUUACUUGGGACUUUUUUUAUUUCCAUCUUACGCUCGCAUUUACAGUUUUUCUUUUUAGACAUGCACCUAUAAGUCUCCACUUCAGCAGAAACAGGGCAUUAUCCCGUCACCUUUUUAUAAAUUAACUCACGGCCGUAGCUGUCAUGUUUCAUAUUGAUUUCCUUUCUAUAAAUAGCUCACCUUUGUAAAUAACCCCCAGAUGUCCUAUUUAUUAUUUAUUCCUGUCAUACGCACAGUUCUCCUCUGGAGGUCACAAGAGCACCUGGGCAGGUUUUUGUUUGUGCAGCCGGGGAUCCAGGUCGAUGAUCACAAUCACAAGCACAAUUUUUUGUGAGGGCAUUUUGCAAAAUUCCGUUUGAUCUGGAUGAGUAGUUCUACGUGUGGACGGGACAUACAGAGCUCAAACUUGCACUGAAGAGCGGGAGAGCAAGGUGUUUACCCGCUGAAGCACGCUGAUUAUGAGGAGAGGAUCCUUGUAAAAUGAAGCAGGUUUGUGUGGAGUGGGUUCGAGAAGCAGAUGUAUUUAUGUCUUUUGUGAGUGGGGAACUGCUGCUUGUUCUCCUCUCAGAGACACUGACCAAAUAGACUCAAAACAGCGGUGGCAUUAUUCGAGACGACACCUGGACCAGGUGUUUGCUCUGUGCUGGAAGGAUGGAUGGAUGUCCUGCUUUACUUCUCUGAGGGUGAGCAAUGUAACUGGUAGUAAAGUAGGACUUUUUACCCCAACUCUUUAAGGUUGGGAGGAGUUUCCACUAUAUUUUUCUCCAGGAGUUCUUUGUAUUUUGUAAUGCCUAAUGUCUAGAUCUGUCCAGAUUUGGUAGGUUUGUGGCACAUAAAUAUUCCUACUAGUUUUUAGAGCAUGUACAAUGUGGUUUGUGAAACCCUCCGGGGAAUUUUUAUUCCACUAAGGGGCCAGUAAAGUUGAAUUAUUCUUGAAAGACUUCCACCAACAUUGAAGUGAACGCUUGUCAGUCAGGGUUGAUUCUUGUCACACAGUUUUCAUCAAAAUGUCAGCUUUUCCUCAGACAGGUUCAUUUCAAAUGUCAAGUGCUCUAUGCUCUUUUUUUCUCACCGAGGGAAGAGUAUUGCUAAAAGAAAAAAAUCUAUUGUUUCAGGUACUUUGUUAAUUUAUUGAUCAGAAAUAUAAAAUAUCUAAAAUAGGAAAUGCUGUCUUUCGAAUGUAUAAAUAUUUCAUAUAUCAUAGGUAUUUAUUUAUUUCAUAGAAACAGACAGUACAGCGCAACCAUAACCGGAAAACAGGGUCUAAAUCUUAUGUAAUGCAAUAACUUUGAGAUUACCGAUAUGUAAAUAUGGCGCUUUGCUGAUAAAACAUGACUUUAUAGUGGAGUUUAAAAAGGUGCAUUCAAAUCAUAAAUGUCUGUUAAUAUUGUUGUUAGACUGCUCAAACUAUCCAAACACAACAACAAGCUCAAAUCAUGAAGAGGAACUGUGAGAAUGUCUGCCUGACGGGAGACCUUAACACAGUCUGAGGUGAUCAUUAUUAUACAUAUAUCAGGGUAUAACUGUUAAUCCACCUCAAACUUUUCCUCCAGAGUUUCCCUGAAAGAGCUCAACGAGGUGCUAAUUACAAACCAAAUAACUGGAUGACUUUUGUUGUGUCAAUAACAGCUCCUGAGGAAUGUCUACAAAGCCCACUUCUUCCUGAAAAAAAGCUAAAAAUUAAAAUUUUAUUUGUCACAUGCACAGAAACGCUUGUGUCCAAGCUGCAGACUGGCUGCACCAUUCCUGGGCUUGGUUUUAGCAUCAUGGGGGUCUAGCCAGCACCCUUAACUGGAUACUGAGUGGGAAUUAAACUUAUGACUCCCGCUCUAAAGGUGUGUAGCUUUACCACUACACUAUCCAGCUGCUGGGAUGAACAAAUAGACAAAUUAAUCUAGGUGUAAAAGAUGAGAAAGAAAAAUGAGGUUGUUUUUUUUUUAAUAUCCAAAUUUCAAACGUCUGAUUACUGUGGAGGUUAAACACAUCAGUAUGAGCUAAAUCAAGAAAUGGAUCAAAAUGUCUCGUAGCAUUCCACUCUCUGAGGUACACGUGGUUUUCCUCUGUGUCAUCCUGUCCGUUACCAACACCUUUCUAAUCCAAGGCAUUAGUUGUGGCCAUCUUAUUUAUUUCAAAAUAUAUUGUGCACUUUACUAUCAAACAAUUUAUGCUACAGAUUAUUUGGUUCAAACGUCAUGUGCUGCUAUUAACUUGCAUGUACCUACAGUGUAAAACAUGAGGUACUUUGAAACUAACCAAAACACGCUCUCAUUAUGAAACGACACAUCUUGUAGAGGAGAUUUCUAAAUAAUUUGUGAUAUUCACAUGGGUGAUAUAUUGCUAAUGUACAUAUGUAUAUAAAUAGGUGUAAAUGUAUUUAUAUAUUUUUUGUCUCAAUCUGUAUAUCUGUUGAAUAUAUUUUCAUAGUUCCUAGGUCUCCUCUGUAAUCCCCUUUGUUUUGACGUGUUUCUUGUCCUUUGUUUACUCGCAUGGAGAUACUUCGAUAUAAUAAAUUAUUUAUGGUAAAUCUUAAUGUACUUUGGGAUGAGAGUCUAAAGCAUUUUUAGAUGGCACUGGAGUUAGUUUGUACUGGAAAUCCUAGAUGACUGCAUGCUGUGGCUAGCACAGGAUGUAAGAGAUAGUGAGUGAGAGUGUAUGCAGAUGAUAUCUUUCUGUGCAUAUCUAAGCUUUACCUCUUCCUACGCAGAAACUUUUCAAAAGAAAUUGUUUACUUUGUGUUUAGAUGUCUCAAAUGUAAUUUUAGAGAUCAUUUUGCUACCUGAGCAUUAAUAAAGUUGUCAUUGCUUA